AUGGCGAAAAAGUUUGGAGAAAACCAAAAGAAGCAGCAGGGCCGGGAAAAUAAGCAAAAGGCCUUGGGUCUCAAACACAAACAAACACUAGAUGAGAAAAACAGAAAGGAAGAGGAGUCCUGGAAACAAGGUGUCAAGGAUACGUCCAAGCAAGAGGCAGAGAGAUUGAAGAUGGAAGAAAAGAAGGCAAGAAAAAAAGAACGUGAAAGCCUACUUUUGGAAGAAGAGGUUUUGGAGCUACCAAACACAAGCUUUCGAACUGCUCCAGCAAAAAAAGCCAUGGCAUCGCCAGCACCAAUCAGAAAGGAUACUUCGCAAACGGAAUCUGUGUACUCCGCAUCCAGUGUCGAUGAUGCUCUGGAGCUACUGGCGACCAUCAAAUCUUCAAGGUCCAGCAUUGCUUCUUCCGUGGAGCGACACCCAGAAAGGAGGAUGAAAGCAGCGUUUGCAGCAUUCGAAGAGAGGGAGCUCCCGAUAUUAAAAGCCGAAUAUCCAUAUUUCCGACUCUCUCAGCUUCAAGAAAUGCUGAGGAAAAAAUUUGCAAAGUCCGAUGAAAAUCCAUUGAACCAACCGCAUGUAUCAUAUGAGGCAACCCCUGAUGAAGUAAGAAAACUGGCCUCGCAAAUCCAGGAAUCCAAGCUGGAUUCGUUCAAGUCAAACCAUUAA